GCGUGGCGUAAGGUCACUAUAUAAAGCUGAGAAGUUCGAUACGUUAAGUAGUUUCAGUCGUUGGUCGUUCGAAAAAGUCUCGAAUCAAAUAUGUCUCGAAUCAUCUUCAUUUUGCUCGUCGCUAUGGCGAUUUUCUCCAGUUCAUUUGGCGAGGAGUGUGGUCCAAAUGAAGUGUUCAAUACAUGCGGAUCGGCGUGCGCACCCACAUGUGCCGAGCCAAAAACGCGUAUUUGUACCAUGCAAUGUCGUAUCGGUUGUCAGUGUCAGGAAGGAUUCUUGAGAAAUGGUGAAGGGGCAUGUGUCCUUCCACAAAAUUGUUAAAAUUCCCAUUUAAUUGGAAUUCACUCUUCGCUUUCUUUCGCUUUCUUUGUUUUUUGUAUUCGUUCGCUUUGCUGUAUUAUCUUUUUUAAUUCAAAACAAACAUGUAUAUAUAUAUAUAUAUAAAUAAAUAAUAAACUGUCGUUUCAAAGCCUUUA